CUAAAGCAUAUUCUGGAAUAGUAGUACAGAGUCUAGUAGUAAGUACAACGUAGGUACCUACGCAAGGUAAGGUACUCAGGUACGACCAGGAGUACCUCGCCGGUAGUGCUGGAUGACUCAGCCUCGGUGACCGCCUCCUUCUUCUCCCUCCCUCGGCGUCAUGAUUGUCAUCAUCACCUUUCGCGGCUUCUUUUCCGGUUGAUUCGCACCCCUCCCUCCGAUUCUUUCCUCUUCCGCCCCGCCUCGCAUCAAUCCUCAUCAAGCAUUGCUUUACAUCUCCUCCAUUAUCUCCCUUUAAUACCAAUCUGCUUUCUGGAAGAAUCUCCCCCUCCUUCCCCCUCCCUCCCCAUCCCCCCCCACCCCACCUUCUCAAGCCAUCUCUCAUCCGUCGGUGGCGCAAGAUGAAGCUCACGUUCAAGGAUUUGAAGCAGCAGAAGUUCGUAAUCGAUGCAGAGCCCUCGGAGACGGUCGGGCAAGUGAAGGAAAAAAUUUCCAAGGAGAAAGGAUGGGAGGUUCCUCAGCUGAAGCUCAUCUAUUCGGGAAAGAUCCUUCAAGAUGACAAGACAAUCGAGACGUACAACAUCGAGGAGAAGGGCUUCAUCGUGUGCAUGGUGUCAAAGGUAUGCCGGUUCCCACUCCUGUGCACACUCGCAUAUCGACCUCUGCUCUGGACGGGCGCUAAUUUGCCGUUCGCUGUAGCCCAAGGCUUCUUCCUCCGCCACCCCCUCACAAGCCCCUCCACCCCUUCGAGAGCAGCUACCUCAACUCCGCUUGCGCCUCCUGCCCCCGCCCCGUCCAACACUGCGGCGGCGGCGGCGGCGGCGGCACCCCCUGCCACCCCGUCCCCGGCCGCCCCAGGCGCUACUCAGGCGCCCGCUUCCUCCUUUAACGACCCCUCCGCAUUGUUGAGUGGCGCCCAGAGCGAAACGGUCGCUGCCCAGAUGGAGAGCAUGGGUUUCCCCCGAAGCGAUGUCGAUCGUGCGAUGAGGGCCGCUUACUUCAACCCUGACCGUGCUAUCGAGUAUCUUUUGAAUGGUAUCCCCGAUAACAUCCAGCAAGAGCAGCAUCAUGCUGCCGCCGCCGCCGCCGGCUCACCUCAGGCCGCCGCCGAACCUACCGGAGAAAGCGCCCCCGCCUCGGCUGAUGACGAGCCGGUCAACCUGUUCGAGGCUGCCGCUCAGGCUGGUGGACAGGAGGGGGGUGCUCGCGGACCUCGGGCUGGAGGCGCAUCUGGCGAAGGACUUCCGAGUCUCGAUUUCCUCCGGAAUAACCCUCACUUCCAGCAGCUUCGUCAGCUGGUUCAACAACAGCCCCAGAUGCUCGAGCCCAUCCUCCAACAAGUCGCCGCUGGUAACCCUCAAAUUGCGCAGCUUAUUGGUCAGAAUGAGGAGCAGUUCCUUCAAUUGCUGAGUGAAGAGGGCGAGGAGGCGGCCCCCCCUGGUACACAUCAGAUACACGUCACGGAAGAAGAGAGGGAUGCAAUUGAACGCCUUUGCCGGCUUGGGUUCUCGCGGGAUCUGGUCAUCCAGGCCUAUUUCGCUUGCGACAAGAACGAAGAGCUCGCCGCCAACUAUCUCUUCGAGAACCCCGAUGACACCGACGAUCUAUGAAUCUAUCACGGCUUCCGUGUACCCUCUCGGGCCUGCUCAGCAAUGGGUUGCCACUCCUCUUAAGUCGUAUUCGCCCCUCAUAAUGAACGUCGCAAUGUAUCCUCUUUUUUCUCUUUUUUCUCCCUUAAGGUCUUCUGAGCAUCGGCCAUGUAGAUCAGAUCAGGGUCCAGAGAUCAGGGUUCAGCCUAAUGUCUCCAAACUCUCUGAACCCACGACACCCGAUUCCAGACGGCUGGCGUCACCUAUCUUGUCUCAUGUCUUGACUCGAAGAGUUCUCCUGAGAUGGUGCAAGUCUGGAUGGGGUCUCGUAGGCUAAGUACUCCGACGUACGAUGGAUCCUUUUAUUCGGCUUUUCCCCCCUUCCCCCCUCCUUUCUCACUCUCUGCUUGUGACGUUCUAGUCAUGUAUCUAGUUAACGAGAGCUGAACACGGUACUCUGAAUGACCAAAUCACAUCCUU